UAAACGCAGUCGUGAACUUCGGAGCGAAUAAAGAUACUUUUAUUUAUAGUUUUUAAUCGAAUAAAGUCGUGUGACGUUUGUGAACACCUGUGUCAAACCGGGAUUUUAUAAAUAUGAGUAUUGCUGACCUGAUCCAAGCUGCUGAAUACAUCGAAAGGCGAGACAGAGUUUUCUUUGUUGCAGAGUCGGAACACGGGUACGCGUCGAGUUUGCCGGCGUACGAGGAGACUCGUGCUGGUGGAAGGCGGCCGAAGACGAAAAAAUCGCAGGGCAGCAGGACCACUCAUAACGAGUUGGAAAAGAACAGAAGAGCUCACCUCAGGACUUGCUUGGAAAAACUCAAGGACAUGGUACCCCUAGGCCCCGAAGCCUCAAGACACACAACAUUAGGAUUAUUAACAAAAGCAAAAAGGUUUAUAAAGAGCCUGGAAGAACGGGAAAAAAGGCAUUCAAGUCACAAAGAACAGUUAGCAAGGGAACAGCGCUACUUGCGGCGGCGACUAGCACAGCUGAGGGCGAGUCGAGAUGUGACGCGUUCACUCUCCGAGAGCUCGAUGAUGCACGCACACGCGACGAGAGCGGACUCCCUCUCAUCGUUAGAAUCCUCCUCCGGCGUCUCCACGGCCGAGCGGUCGCCCUCAUCCGUCUCCGAGAGUGAUGAAGUUGACGUGAUUGGCUACACGUCGAACCAGAGUGAUAGUGAGUCGCUAGUGUCGGGGCACAGCGGCGACAGUGGGGUUGGAGUGGCGCGCGGGCGACGCUCGCGACGUAGCAAGCCUGCGCGCGCGCACCGUGUCACGCGAUACACCAGGGUGUAGGUGAGCGCGCGCGGCGCGAGCGCGGUGCGGUGUGCGCGUCUCCGCCACCAAGCGACUGUCUUCGUGUUAACAAAACAAUCGUAGGACAUUUUGUUGGUACAUGUACUGAGGCGAAUGUUGUUCGUGACUGAGUGGGGACCCCGUCCCGGGAGUGACUCGCCGGAGAUUGUCUGCGCCCGCGCCGCACACACACACACACUACUCGACACACACACCUCCGCGAUACAUUACCGAGUACAAAAUUGCCAAAAAAAAAUGUAUAAACAAGUUAAUUUCUCUCUCUUCUACUCUUUGGUGUUUAAACUUGGACUAUUGUAAAUCACCCGCUUCACUUCAUCACAAAUGGGGCUCAAAUGCUGUUUUCGAGAUAUAGUUUGCCCCGAACAUGAAAAAUAUUUAUCACAUUUUUAUUUCAUUAUUUCUUAAUAUAUUUAUAAAUUACAUGUUUAUUCUUUGGAAAGUGCGUUUUAAUUCCUUAGGUACUUAUUGUUAUUGAUAUCCAGAAAUGAUGUCGCGUGAGCGAAUGUUUUUUAGAUAUCAAUUUUAUAUUUUGUAUAUAAUUUUAUUUUUUCUUGUAUAAUUUAAUCAAAUAGAUUUUAGAUCUGUGCGUGUUGGACGAUCUAACCGCUGCGAAAUUAUUUGGCCUGUCAUCUUACAUGACAGGCCACCAAAAAAUAUUUAAGUUCUAACGAAAAAACAUUAACGAGAAGGUACUAAUAGUGCGGCUAUGAGAUUUUAAUGUAAUUUCGCAUAGAUCGCUUACUUUCCGUACCUCAUUUGCAAUUCGUGUCGCUGUCUCUCACAUCGCGCCCGCUAUUUAUAAAUGACAUUACAUUCGAUUUUUCAAAAUGGCGGACAACGUUUCGUUAGAGAAAGACACGUUUGCAAAAUCGCUAACAUUGUUAAGUAUUAAUAUAGAAUGUUUAUGAUCUCACUUCAUUGUCACAGGCCUGUGCGAGUAAUGUGUUUCUAUAUAUUAAUUUUCAUUAUAUAUUAAAUCGCGGCCAGUUAAAUUAGAUUUAUUUACGCAUUAUAGAUAACGAAUAUGACCAAAUUUAUCGUUUGACACAAUUGCUCGCAUGGUUUUUAAUUUAUGUGGACACACAUACCAAAACUAAUAUUAUAUUGAAUGAAAAGCUGGACAAUACACUGUGUUGAUAAAAUGAAACCUUUGCUAGGAGACAUCUAUAUUAAACGAUAUAUUUUUGUUAUGACUAUUGUAUCUUAUAAUAUUAAAUUGUUAAUUCAUUUUACUAUGUAUGGCUGGUUUGAUUGUAUUGUUUAAAGGUAUUUUUCAACGACAAUAUGUUCAAUGGACCUUCGCUCGAUUCAAAUCUCAAUUGCUUCCUUGGUCCUGCAGAAUGUUAGAUUUUUUUUUUGAAUUCAUAAAUUUAUUGUAAAUUGUUUUAGGUAUGGAUGUUAUAAUAAGUAUAGUUAUAAACGUAUAAUUAUUGAAAUGACAGUCUGAUCUCUUAACAUAAUGCGUUAUCGGUUAGCGGCUGAGCCGCGUGUGUCCGUCGGGUGCCUCUCACUCUGAAAAACCUUUAAUGUCACGAUUGAAGUUCCCGCCAGAAUGUACAUUAAUUACUUUGUCAAAGUCUCAAAAAAUGUUUGUUAUUUUUGAAAAUCAAAAAUUAAUUAAAGUUAUUUUAUUUAAUUGAAUCAACGAGUAUGUCUAGUCGAUAGUAAAAUAUGUACAUUAAAAAAAAACAACUCAAAUGAAUUUUACGGUUACAUUUUGGCGCGUAUUUCAAACGUAAUAUUAUCUGUGCCCGAUGCUUGCAUCAGCUUUACGAAAGCUGCGGCUUUUAGAGAAUUAACUCUUUAGACGGUUGCGAUUUCUUGCGGAGAGAAUUUUUAUUGCAAUGUUACAAAGAAUAUUUUAAGUAUAUGGCCAGUAACAAUAAUGGUCACGCAACACGUCCGAAGGGUUCAAUAAUCGAUAGCCUUAGCUGCGUCUGUCAUAUCCUGCCUCAAAUAUGUCGAAAGAAGAAAAAAAAAUAUUUAUCUUUUGGAAAUUAAUAUAUCACAAAUUUUAUUUAUUUAUAAGGCAGUGCUCUGUCGAUUUAAUUUAUACCGUACCAGUGUUUCGCUUCAACUCGCAUGCCUGUCGAUCGAUAGGAGACACCUGAAUAUUUCACGGAAGACCUUUGCGAUAUCUCAUUCACGUUUCAUUUGCAACCGAGUGUAAAUGGGUAGAAGCGGCGACGGGACGCUCUAAGAGUACAAAUUCUGUAUAAGCCCCUACUUGAGUGUUAAUUCUAAACGUUAAUUUUAAUCACGAAACAGGGAGAAGGUAUCGUCAGAGUACGAAUAGUGUUUAAGCGCGCGGGCGACGGUCGUAGCCUACGGUGCAGCUCUGCCUUUGAUGUUGUCUCUUCCUUAACUGAAUGUCGGUAUCCUAUUGCUACAGUGAGUUUGAUUUGCGAUAUCUUCCGACUGUACCCUUCUUCUCGUAGACGUAUCGAGCGCGUAGAGCGCCUUAUAUACAGGUGUACCACUGUAACGAUAGGGUAUUAGAAGCGGUGCGUGCUCUGUACGUGCGCAUCUCAUUAGAUAAGAAAAGUGUUAUUAGAAACAAAUUGCAAUAAAAAAGUCGCCCUCCGCCGCCGCUCCGCGAUACAACCCAACUUAGUCGCUGUAAAUUAAAAUUAGUCCGGCGUUGUAAAAAUAUCACCGAUUUGUAAAUAUUUGGAGCCAAAAUUUUUAUACAAAUUAUUAAAUAGAUAUAUUCUUGGACCAAGUUGACGGCGGAGCGGCGGCGGGGGCGGCGACUGCGUGGGCGACGCCACGGAGCGCUCGUUACGUCGGCGGAGCGCCAUUAUUCGGUUUGACGUUUCAAUUGUCACGAACGUCGAAUUAGUAAUCUAUUGCGUUCGUGCGAUGCGAGCGCUUCAAACGAGACCUCCCAGUAUUCGUUAUCCAAGAUGGCGGCACGCAGUCAUUCGUUGUCUGAUCGUAGAGGCAAACAUUAGGUACUAUUGUGACUACUGCUGAUGUGACUUGGCAGCAUUAUUCUAUGUAAUUGACGAAAGCACAUAUAAUUUAC